CACACAUUUCCACCGUGAAUCAUAAACCCCAUUCUCUCUUAAACCCUUUCUUCACCAAUCCAUGGAUUCUGAUUCCGACCGAGAUAAGCGACACCAACAGUCGCAGGAACACCGUCUGCACUCCCUCGACCGCCGCAUUCAGGCCAAGGAGAAGCAACUCGCUUCUGUGAAGCGCCAACUCGGUCGCGACAUCGAGGCCAAGGAGAGGGAAUACGGCGCCGUUCGCCGGAGCCUCGAGGAUCGCACCCGGGAGUUGGAGGCCAAAGGCAUCCAACUCGACUCCGUACAACGCAAAAUCGCCGAAUGCGAGCGGUUACUGAGGGUGAAGGAGGAGGAGUGCAAUUGGCACCUCGAGACGCUGCACCGCGUGAUAAUCGAGCGCGAUGAGGUCUACAAUAAGACGCAGAGGGCGAUUCAGGAGUGCGAGCACGACCUCGUGGAGAAGGAGGCGCGCCUCUGUUUGAUCGUGGAUUUGAUCGGAGAGCGCGAGAUGGAGUUGAAGGCGAAGGACAUGGAGUUCCAUCAGGUUUUGGACAGCAUUCACAGGGAGCGCGAGAGGAAGGAGGAGGAACUCAGGGCUAUUACCAACACUGUCGUCGCCGAACGCAAUGAUGGACAAGGUGGUGAUGUGGAGUUGAAGAACAAGAAUUUAGUGAAGUCUAUGCGGGCCAGGAUUAAUCAGCUUGUUCGAGAGCUUGGAUCAAACAGGAAAGAGGUGGAUUCUCUCAAGUCCUUCAUGGAGGAAAGGCGUUUGGGGUUUGAAAAGAAGGAGAGGGAGCUUGAGUUGAUGAAGAAGCAGUUUGAGGGGAGGGUCAGGGAGUUGGACUCAAAAGAGAAGCAUUUUCAAUCAAGACUGAGGCACUUUGAAGGCCAAGUGCAGCAUGGGGAACAGAUUGAAGUGCGGGCCAAGAAGCUUGAGGCAAAAGAGAAGCAAAUUGAAGGGCAAGUGAAGGAUCUUGAGGUAAAAAAAAAACAAUGUGAAGGAAUGAUGAAGGAACUUGAUGUGAAAGAGGCAGAUAUUGAAGUGAAGCAAAAGGAACUUGACUCUAAAGAGAAGCAGUUUGAGGGACAGAUGAAGGAUCUUGAGUCCAAAAUGAAGCAAUUUGAGGGGAAAGCGGAGGAGCUUGAGUUGAAAGAGGCGCGAUUUAAAGGGCAGGUGAAGGAGCUCGAGUCAAAAGAGAAGCAGUUUGAUGAACAAGUGAAGGACAUUGAGUCAAAAGUGAAGCAAUUUGAAGGUCAAGUGAAGGAACUUGAAUCGAAACAGAAGCAUUAUGAUGGCCAAAUGAAGGAACUCAAGUCAAAACAGAAGCAAUUUGAAGGAGUAGUACAGGCUCAUGAGUCCAAAGAGAAGCAAUUUGAAGGUCAAGUGAAGGAGCUUGAGUCCAAACAGAAGCAUUACGAAGGCCAAGUGAAGGAACUCAAAUCAAAACAGAAGGAAUUUGAAGUUGUAGUACUGGUGCAUGAGUCAAAAGAGAAGCAAUUUAAAGGAAAAGUGAGGGAGUUUGAUUCUAGGGAGAAGCAUUACGAAGGAAGAGUGAGAGUGCUCGAGUCAAAUGAGAAGCAAUACGAAAGAAGAGUGAGAGUACUAGAAUCUAAUGAGAAGCAAUUUGAAAGAAGAGCGAGAGAGCUCGAGUAUAAUGAGAAGCAAUAUGAAAGAAGAGUGAAAGAGCUCGAGUCAAAUAAGAAGCGAUAUGAAGGAAGAUUGAAAGAGCUUGAGUCAAAUGAGAAGCAAUAUGAAGGAAGGAUGCGGGAGCUCAAAUCAAAAGAGAAACAGUUUGAAUCAAAGGUGAAGGAGCUUGAGUCAAAAGAGAAGCAGAUUGAAGGAAGAGUGAAAGAGCUUGAGUCAAAUGAGAAGCAAUAUGAAAGAAGAGUGACGGUGCUGACUUCAAAAGAGAAGCUGAUUGAAGGACCAAUGAUGGAUCUCGAGUCCAAAAAGAAUCAGUAUGAAGCACAUGUGAAGGAGCUCGAGUUAAAACAGUCACAGUUCAAAGUGCAACUCAAGGAGCUCGAGUCAAGAGAGCAGCAUAUUGAAGGACAAAUGAAGGCUCUUGUGUCCAAAAAGAAUCAAUAUGAAGGACAAGUGAAGGAGUUUGAGUUAAAAGAGACACAGUUCAAAAUGCAACUCAAGGAGCUUGAGUUAAAAGAGACACAGUUCAAAAUGCAACUCAAGGAGCUUGAGUCAAGAGCGCAGCAGAUUGAAGGACAAACAAAGGCUCUUGAGUCCAAAAAGAAUCAAUAUGAAGGACAAGUAAAGGCACUUGAGUUUAAAGAGGGACGGUUUAAUGUGCAACUGGAGGAGCUCUUGCCGAAAGAGAUGCUGUUUGAAGGAAUAGAAAAAGUAAAGGAUUUUGAGUCAAAACAGAAUCAAGCUGAAUCAUUUGAAGAGGGAGAAGUGUCGAGAGAUUUGUCCAAUAUCCUCCUCCUUCAUCAAGCAAAGACUGAGCAACAGCAUUUCACGGAUGCCAACAGUGCAAACAAUACUAAGAAUGUACAAUUGCUCUUUAGUCUUCUGGAUAAGUACGAAUUGAUGUGUAGUCAAGUCUCUGAUGCUCUCCAAACAUCUGCUGACCCUACUAAGUUGGUGCUAGAUACAAUAAAAGGUUGUUAUACUCCUCAUUCAAGGCAAGAAUUUAUUGAAUACGAUGCAAUUAUCUCAAGGAGAACGUGUAAUCUUUUGAUGGAUGAAUUAAAAAAAUCUUUGCCAGCAAUUGGUGUUAAUGUGAAGCAUGAAGCAAUGAAAUUGGCAAGUGACUGGAAGGCAAACAUAGCUGUGGCUGAUAAGGAUUGUUUGCAGGUCCUGGAUUUUUUAAAAUUUGUUGCUACUUAUGAGAUUGGUCAAUCUUUGAAUGAAAUUGAGCUACAGAGGCUUUUAGAUAUAAUAAUUGCCCAGCAUUGUCAGACUCCACAAGCCAUCGUUAAUAUUGAAUCACCAGAUAAUCGAUCAAGUCCCACCCUUGAUGGAAGAAAUUUGCUGUUGCCCUAUAUUGAGCACACAAAUGAGCCUGAGUUGAUUGGCAGUGACAUUUUAGUCAAUCUCCAAACAUCAUCAGAUCCUGCAAAACUUGUUUUGGAUAUCAUACAGAACCCUAUUGUUCCACAGAACAUAGGAAACGAAGGUGUAAUCAUUGAUGGGAGCCACAUAUUUCUGUUAGAACAGUUGAUGAUAAUCUCACCACCUGUUAAACCCCAUGUAAGGGAAGAGGCGUUGAAGCUAGCACUUGAUUUGAAAGCCAACAUGAGAGAAAGUGCUGAAAACUCUUUGAUGAUUCUGGGCUUUCUACUGCUUUUGUCUAAUUAUGGAUUGGCUUCUGAUUUUAAUGAAGAUGAAGUUUUGAAGCUUUUGGAAUUGGCUGCUCAGCACAAGCAAACUGUAGAGCUGUUUCGGACUCUCGGUUUUGUGGACAAAAUCUAUGAUUUUGUUCAGAAUCUUGUUAAGAUGCAGCAGCUCAUCGAAGCUGUUAGAUUCAUUUGUGCAUAUGAGUUGGCUGACAAGAUCCAACCAGUUGAUCUCUUAAGACAACAUAUGGCGAGAGUAAAAACGAUCACCAAGAGAUUUGUUGGCAAAAAAAGGUCCAUCGAAAAAAAGGUUAAGGCCAGGGACAGAGAAAUUGCUACUCUGGGAAAUGUUCUACAAUGCAUUUCAGAUAACAACCUAGGAUCUCAGGAUCUAGUUAACGAGAUUCAGGAUCGCAUUGUUGAAUUGGAAAGGCAGAAGGAAAAUAUGGUUCGUUUAGCAUCAAAGGCUGUCUCCAAAGUUGAAGAGCGACUGCCCGAAGAAAGGGAACGCGGUAUUGAACAUUCAAAUGCAACAGUCAUCAUGAAUCAAGAUAAGGUGCAAGAACCUGAAAAGAUUAACCCCGCCCAAGCAUCAGUCAGCCGGAAUCCAGCUAAAGUGCAACAACCUGAAGUUAAGACGUGUGCUGGUGAAGCAGUCACUCCAAAUCAAGUUCAAAUGCAAAAGUGCGAAGAAAAGAAACGUGCCAUUGGAGCAGUCAGCAAAAAUCAAGAUAAAGUGCAACAAUCCAAGAAAAAGAAAGGCGCAAAUGAUACGUUCAUUAAAAAUCAAGUGAAGGUGCAACAUCCUGAAGAAAAGAAACCCAGUGAUGGGGCAGUCAUCCUGAAAGAUGAUAAAGUGCAACAAGCUGAAGAAAAGGUAUGUGCCAAUGCUAAUGAAUCAAUAAGCGUAAAUCAAGUUGCAGUGCAGAAACCUGAAGAAAAGAAACGUGCUAAUGAAGUCCUCUCCAAUGACAAUAAUCAACAGUGGGGUAACAUCAACAAACGUCCUCGGACUGCUAUAACGCAGUCUCAGCCUUCUGUCUUCACUCCCCGCCCAUACCAGCAUGUGUUUAUGCCCAUGCCCCUGCACUUUGGUUUACCCCCAAACUACUAUGGUGUACCUAAUCCUAAUCAUAUGGGUGUUGGACGGUAUGGAAAUAGGGCAACAAAUUACUUUGGUAACUCAAGGCCGUAUCCCCCUUUUAGCUAACCUGACCUGUGAAUAUUCUCAUUACUUUUUUGUAAAUGGUAGCUGUCUCUGCCUAGGCAAAUAGCAUAUCCAUAUACCUGUGGAUUUUUACUGAUUAGGAGCGUCCCCAACGAUACAAUCAUGCUGGUGGAGUUGCUUAAUUCAUUUUUCAUAAGUUUUACAAUGCUGUGGUAUUUAUAAACUGAAAAGUAUAUAUUUUAUUUCUGAUCCCUUUU